GCAGGUUUGUGUGCAAUCGCGAAGUUUUUAUUGUCCUUAAGAUGGAGGAAGAAUAUGAUAAGUUACAAAAAGACUUGGAAAAAAAUGGUCAGGAUCAUUUGAUGAAAUUUAAAGACACGCUACCGAAGCAUCAACAGCAGUUGUUAAUCAACGAUCUUCUAAAUAUCAAUUACGCGAAGAUUAAUCUCGCGUUCGCGAAGGCGAUGGCCGAGGCAAACACUAUGCAAAAGAAGGACAAAGAAUUGCAGCCAGUUCCUCCAGAGCAGGUUGGCAGCGUCAUUGGAGUAGAAAACCAAGCCAACGUCACCGACUGGAGAAAUAAAGGACUGCAAGCAAUAGGCGAAGGUAAAGUCGCUGUACUACUUCUUGCUGGUGGUCAAGGUACUCGAUUGGGAGUUGAUUAUCCGAAAGGAAAGUACGACGUUGGUUUACCAUCAGGGAGCACCCUUUAUCAACUGCAAGCUGAGAGGAUCUUGAAAUUGCAGGAGCUGGCGUAUAAGCACACUGGAAAGAAAGCUACGAUUCCAUGGUAAGUAAACCUCAGUUGUGCCCUCAAUCGUUUAGUUUGGUAGACAAGCGCUGACUUCUCUCGCACAUUUUUAUUUCUUUCUACUGCUCAUAAAAUUUAAUCAUCGUAGAAUUUAGCUUUUCACAAGUGUAUAUUUCGAUGCAUACAAAAUUCUCAAGCAGGAAGCUAAUUUUCCCUUUCCGUUAGCAUCGCUAACGACGUUUCGAUGCAACUGUGCGUGACCAUAACAACAAGUUGAGAAUGUAAAUUUCCGUACUUUCUUUUGCGAACAACAAUUGCAACGAAAAAGUCUCUUCGAUAAAACUUCCCAAAGUAAGGAAAGAACAGUGUGAUCGUCCAACCUCUUCCUUUCUUGGAAUGAAAAAUGAGCUCACCCGCUGAUACGUUAAGCGUAAUUCCGUAUGUAGCGUUCCAACCAUGAAUUUUCAAGGUUUUAUUAUGAAUAAUAAAUCAAGGUUUUACUAUGAAUAAUAAAUCGAUUUAGAAUUCUACGGAAAUGUAAAUUUUACAUCAGCUAAUCAAACAGCUUUGUCGAUUUUAAUUGGUACUUUCAUUUGUUCUUGUUCCAAAAUAAUUGCGAUACUUGUUCAGACAAGUCGUUUCCGCGAAAAACCAGAAGUGUUUUAAACCUUUGGACCCUAUUGUGGGAGGUAAGGGGGAGGGACUGUCUUCAUGUAAGACGCAGGAUGUAUGUUACAGGGUGAAGUUUUCUGACCAUUUCGGUUCUUUAAUUUUUUCUCUUUUGGGAAAGAUUUCUUUAUAACCUCUUUCUAUUCUAAAACAAAUCCUCAGUCCCAAAGGUAAUGUAUUGUGAACAGGUUUGCAAUGUUUUCUCUUAUACCAGUACAUUGCACUCUAUUCGAUGAAUUUAUGAAUAAUAAAUCAAGGUUUUACUAUGCAUAAUAAAUCGAUUUAGAAUUCUACGGAAAUUUAAAUUUUACAUCAGCUAAUCAAACAGCUUUGUUGAUUUUAAUUGGUACUUUCAUUUGUUCUUGUUCCAAAAUAAUUACGAUACUUGUUCAGACAAGUCGUUUCUGCAAAAAACCAGAAGUGUUUAGAACCUUUGGACCCUAUUGUGGGAGGUAAGGGGGAGGGACUGUCUUCAUAAAUGAGCUCACUUGCUGAUACGUUAAGCGUAAUUCCAUAUGUAGCGUUCCAACCAUGAAUUUGCAAGGUUUUAUUAUGAAUAAUAAAUCAAUUUAGAAUUCUACGGAAAUUUAAAUUUUACAUCAGCUAAUCAAACAGCUUUGUUGAUUUUAAUUGGUACUUUCAUUUGUUCUUGUUCCAAAAUAAUUGUGACACUUGUUCAGACAAGUCAUUUCUGUGAAAAACCAGAAGUGUUUAGAACCUUUGGACCCUAUUGUGGGAGGUAAGGGGGAGGGACUGUCUUCAUAAAUGAGCUCACUCGCUGCUACGUUAAGCGUAAUUCCGUAUGUAGUGUUCCAACCAUGAAUUUGCAAGGUUUUAUUAUGAAUAAUAAAUCAAGGUUUUACUAUGAAUAAUAAAUCGAUUUAUAAUUCUACGGAAAUGUAACUUUUACAUCAGCUAAUCAAACAGCUUUGUCAAUUUUAAUUGGUACUUUCAUUUGUUCUUGUUCCAAAAUAAUUGCGACACUUGUUCAGAUUUGAUAACCUCUUUCUAUUCUAAAACAAAUCCUCAGUCCCGAAGGUAAUGUAUUGUGAACAGGUUUGCAAUGUUUUCUUUUAUACAAGUACAUCACACUCUGUUCAAUAUGAAGUAUGGGGUUAUACAGAAUUGACAACACACCCAUCAAUUUUCACCUGAUUUUAUUGGCUACUUUCAUCAAUCAGGGGACAGUUGUCAUGCAAUAUCCCCCAUCUGCAUCGAUAUUUGUCCUCCAACUACUUCUGUCAAUGUGAAACAAAGCCAGCAGGAAAAAGCCAUGAAAAAACACAGAAGGAAAGCAAACUUGUGUUGAAGGGUUCUGUGAUGCUAUCAGGGAAAUUAGGAAAAAAGUCAACAAAAUAGGCUAUCAAUGCAUGGAAUGAAAAGUAAUGGGAAGGUCAUAAAAUAAAUAAACCUCUUGACUGGUUUUGCACCUUGAUUAAAAGAAAAAAUUAAUGUGCCUAGAUUAAAAACAUGUUGACUUUUUGAAAUCAAUGUUUAAGCACAACAGUUAUGCACAUUAAAAAAUUUUAUCGUUCAAGACUUGAAAACAAAAUGUUAUACACCAAAUUUAUUUGUUCCUGAAGAAGUAAUGGUAAUUAUAAAACCAUAUGCUGAAUUUGAAAAUAAUUUUUUCUGAAAAUUUGGCUAAGAAUAUCCUUUGAUGGUUAAUUGUAAUGAAUCAAUCAAGAGGACUCCAGUUGAAACAUAUAUAUUUUUUGUUCUUGUCUGAGUGUUGCAACACAUCUUCCCAGAGUUUCCUGUUAACCCUUGUAACUAUUAAGACAGAAUUUCUCCUUACAAUAUUAAUAGCCAGUAUCAAGCAGACAAGUGAGGAGAAUGAAGAAAACUAUCAACAAGGUGAUUACCUGUUGAUUCAAUACAAAAUUCCCUGAAUCAACAUAAUAAGACUUGUAUAGCAGACAGUAAGAAGUACUACUAAUGAGGUCGUCGGAGUAAUAGAGUUAACUCAGUUCUGUGUUUUGUUCACUACACUUCAGGUACAUCAUGACCAGUGAACAUACAAUGGAUGAAACAAAAGAGUACUUCCAGGAACACAAUUAUUUUGGACUCCAAAAAGAUGAUGUGAUUCUCUUUGAGCAGCACACCCUUCCAUGUUUGACCCUUGAAGGUAAAAUCAUUCUUGACCAGCCUGGUAAAGUUUCCAGAGCCCCUGGAGGAAAUGGUGGCUUGUAUGAAGCUCUUCAUGAGAAGGAACUUAUUGACGAGAUGCAAGAACGUGGUAUAGAGUAUGUGCAUGUGUAUUGUGUUGACAACAUCCUGGUCAAGAUGGCCGAUCCUGUCUUUAUUGGAUUUUGUAUGGCCAAGUCAGCAGAAUGUGGUGCUAAGGUUGGUGUCCUGUGGUAAAUUUACGAAACUUUCCACUCAUUCCAGAGUUUUUAUACUAUAAGUUCUAAUUGUGUUAAUCAAAUAUAACACCAGAAAGGUGUUAUAAUUGUGAGAAAAUUUGGUUUACAAGGAUGAGAAAUACAUUGUUGUUGAAACACCAUGAAAGAAAUUUGUACAGCAGCCAUUUUCCAGUUUUGGAUGGGACUGAAUGUAUAAUUUUCUUGUAACUUGUUUUGAUUUGUGAAUUGAUUCCACAUUCAAAAUUUGCUCAAAGGUUUGGGAAACUUUGUGAAACAUUUGGGACAUUUUAACUUAUAAGUAGUUUUCAAAAGUAUAACUUGAUUACUUUUGAUUACAUCUAUGUGGAUAUAUAUUCCUGUAAUACAUUUGUGAUGUUUUCCACAAAAACUUUUGGCAGGUUGUGGAGAAAAAAAGGCCAGAGGAGAGGGUAGGAGUGGUGGUCAAAUGCGAUGGAAAAUAUCAGGUAAGUGAAUGGUCUUUCUUGAAAUAACUUAGUCCCAAUUUAACUCAAAAUAAUAGUGAUAAGUUCUUUUAUCCUAGGCACACAAAAUGACAAGGGGCAAUAUUUUCUCAUAUCUCAUUCUAAUUAGAGCACUCUCCACCAACAUGAAAUCAUGCUUCCGUUGAUGAUAUUCAAGUAAAAAGGUCAUACCUACUAGGUAUAAUUAGUGCUUUUAAACUUUUUUCUUUUAUCAUUCUGCUGUAUUCUCUAUGCAUCACUCUAAUUGUGUGUAAUAGCAAUAUAAUGUACAAGUAUCUAACCCUUUUUUACUUUCAAACUUUCAUCUUCAAUUCCCCUUUCUUCCUGUUACACAUUGAUUUUAAAUUUAGAUCAGAGAGUUUCCUGUAAAAUUAAGCAACAUCUCACUGUUGAUACUUCCCCUUAUUAUCCCAACCCUUUGAUCCCUAAGAGUGACCACCAUCUAACUUCUCCUUACAAUAUCAUCACUGAAUCAUACAAUUAAGGAAGUAAUCACCAAUUAAAGAAGCUAUUGAUUGUUAAACAAAUUCUCCUUGUCAGCGCCUUAGCAAAUGUGUAGAGAACAGUAUAAAGAGUAUGCAUACUGUUGGUCAGGUGUAAAAUGUUAACUGUUCUUCUUGACAAUUUAUUAAUGUGGGAUGGAGAAAUAUAGUCAUGUAGCUCAUCAGCCUGUCUUAGGAAUGAAAGGGUUGAAUGAUUUGAUACUUUUUCACUCAAUCGCAUUUCCUAUCUUAGGAAAAAUUUAGUUUCAAUAGGGAUGAAGGCAAUCUCAGACUGGAAAUUCUACUUUAAUUUAUUAAAAUUAAACUUUUUAGGUUGCAGAGUACAGUGAGAUCUCUGAAGAACUGCAGCACAAAAGAAACCCUGAUGGAAAACUUACCUUUCGUGAAGGAAACAUUUGCAACCAUUUCUUUACCAUAGACUUUUUGGAAAAAAUUGUCAAGUAAGUGAUUUACUUUCAAUUGAGACAUGUACUGUAUGGUGUUUUAAACUUAUUGAAAAAAAGGCUUUACAAACUGAGCGUUGAUUAGUAAUUCUUGGGUCAGGAGUAAUUUUUAAGGAAAAUGUAUCUUACCCCUGGCAUUUAUCUCUCUCUAUAUUAAUUUGAUUUAUUUUUGUAAAUUUAGAGAGCUUGAGCCAUCGCUAAAAUACCACAUUGCCAAGAAGAAAAUUCCUUAUGUUGAUGACAGUGGGAAUCGGUAUGUACAUGCAUGUUGCUGACCAUGAUAAUUAUAAACUUGAACUAGUAAUUGGUGAGUACACUCUUGGUUACUUUAAGGAUCAUAUAAAGGUCUCUGCAUUCUCUUUAUCAAAACCUUCAAAUGUUUUGCAAGUGUGUUGGCAAAGGAUGUUAAGCCUUCAAAACAGACUCAAGUCUGGACAGCAUCCUCAUAUAGAGAAUUUUGUUUUUUUUUUGCCCAUAUAAAAUAAUAAAGGCCACAAAACAGUGAAAGCAAGAGGCAGAACUGUGGAUCUGCCACUUAAAAUUGCUAUACAUAAAACAGUGUCCUGUAUAAGCCACACUCUGGAAUUAAUGGACAAGUCACAAAGUUUUACUUUUGAUAAAUAACUUAGUUUUUCUUUUUUUUUCCUUGCUGCUUGCAGACUUCUAGUCCAGGGAAUUUUUUCAUUUCAAAUUUGCGCCUGUGUUUUCAGUAUUGAUCAGUACUAGACUAAUAAUUAUGUAACUCGUUAAUGUGUUCUUUAAUUUUCAUUUCAGGAUUGUGCCUGAUGCACCUAAUGGAAUAAAACUGGAGAAGUUUGUUUUUGAUGUCUUUGAAUUUACUGAGUAAGCUGACUUGGCUAAUAUCAAGGUUUCUACAUGUAGUUACCUUCUUUGAGGACAAUUUUCACCCUUCAAUUAUUAACUAUUAAUGAAAUAUUCAAAUGAUACAAGUUGUUACAUCUGAUAGUUCUCCACAGUGGAAACUUAAGUUUAAUAUGUCUGUUCAGAACUAAAAGGGACAGAGGAAAGCUUUCUCUAAUAAGACUCUAGUUGACUUAACACUUCGCUUGCUGCACAUCUUCACUGACUUUAUAGAUUUAUUGUAAAAUGAACUGUGGGCGGGCUUAUCAAGAAAAGCAGUGGACAGUCUUGGAAGGGUCUUUAUGUGUAACAUUGGUUACAUGUAUUUUUGGUAAAUCAGUGACAUUAUGAGUCUCACAGGACUUUUGUUUGAAUUUAACUCAAAAUACAUGUACAUGAUUGUGCAGUCAACUAUGACCCCUUUUCUCCUUGUGUCAGGACUAGGAUUCUAAGUAUUAGGAAAGGUUUUUUAAUUUCUCCUGUUUUUAAACUAUUGCAUCAGAGUUUUCCAAUGAAGUCAGCCAAUCAAUCUAUUUUGGUUUGCUUAUGUACAGUUGCAUCUGCCAAUAAACUAGGAGCACCCAGAAAAUGUCCAAUAACAAUAAUUGUCUCAUUUUUUGUUUGGUCAAUAUUUAUGCUAAAUUCAAAUGAAGUACUAUUUUUAUCUGGGUGAAGAAUUUCAAAGUUAGAUAAUUUGACCAUUAAAUUUCUCUUGCAGAAAAUUUGCAGUCUUAGAGGUUGCCAGGGAAGAUGAAUUCUCUCCUCUGAAAAAUCGGAAAGGUUCAGCAACAGACAGCCCAGAAACAGCUUGCAGAGACUUGCUGAAUUUACAUCAUAACUACAUAAUCAAAGCAGGGGGAACAUUUGUUGACAGCACCAAGUUAGUAGAACUACAGUACUCAUUUCUUAUCUAAAUCAGGACUGUGGCUGGCUAUUGAUAAAGUCCUUGGCCCAAAUGACAAGCAGAGUUUUAAGGAACUUGAAUUGAUAGUUGUAUCAAUGAAUUGUGAAGCAUUACAGUCCUGUGAAGGCUUGGUUGCUACUAUCAAUUUUUCUUUUUGUGUAACCUGGUGGAAAGUCUUAACCUGUUUAGUGAUGAGGUAAACACUUGCUGCAAAGGAGACCAAGUGUUAAAUGCUCCUUGCUACAGAAGUUAUGAUAAGUUUGAACAGCAGGUGAAUCAGUUUUUAAGUAUCUUUUCUGUACACUGUACCACCAGGAAGUAAGAGAUUUCAAUCUAAUCAGCAAGAUCAGUGGAUCAUAUUUCCAAGUAGAAUUGCUGUAUGGAAGAUACUGUAUUAAAAAUUGCUCAAAAUUCUACUAUUUUUUACAAGUGAUUGCAUGAAUGGAAAUUUUAGGGGUAUGUUUUCCCUUUAUGUUAUUCAUUGUAUGAUUUUAGUGUAAUAAUUCCUUUUUUUUUCAUUUCAGGGACAGCCCUUCGUUGUGUGAAAUAUCUCCCCUUCUCUCUUAUGCUGGAGAGGUAACUAAUACAUUCUAAUGACACCUUACAGUCAUAGGACAGAAGAAAUCCUCUACAUUUCUGGAAAUAAUAUUCCUUCAUGUUGCAGUUCAAAUUGUUUUUCUUUUUCUAAGAGGAUAGGUUUUUCAAGGACAAAAACCUUCACAAUGCCUUCUAAAUACAUAUUGCUAACAAAAGUUACAGAAAGACAGUAUCACUUAACAUGAAAAUUUUGAUGCUCACAAUAACUGACAUUAAUUCACCAAAGUAGAGGUGAAUAGUGAUGGAUAUUUAUCAAGGGGUAAAGUAGCAAGGUUGAUAUCCGCCAUUUUCACCAGCACUGGGGUGAAUUAUUUUCUCAGUAUGUACCACACAGAAACCAAAAAUUGAGUUUAUUUCUUUCACUAUACUAAAUAUUUUCAGGAAUUGAACUCUCAAUGCACACAUUUGUCUAAUCAGCUUAAUGAAGGUGAAUAGUGCUUGCUUAUCACUUCUUAACCAGCCAAUCAGCAUGCACAAAAAAGUGUUAUUGACCUGUGUGGUAUAUACUUAUUACUGUAAACACCAUUUAUACUUCAAUAUGUAGUAAAAUUAAACAACCACUGAUUGUAAAGGCUAAUUGGAAAGUAGUUAAUUUUCAAAUAUGAAAGCCAUCCUUGCAGCUAUAAACACUACCUUUAGUAGUAGUGAAAAGAAGGCUUGAAAAAAAUUUAGGUCCAUAUGGGAUUUGAACCCAUGACCUCUGUGAUAGUGGUGCAGUGCUCUAUCACAGAGGUAAUGGCUUCAAAUCCCAUAUGGGCCUGAAUUUUUUCUAGGCCUUAUUUUCACUACUACUUAAGUAGUGUUCAUAACUGUGAGGAUCACUUCCAUAUUAGUUACUGUAGUUCACAUUUAUGAUUUUCAUAUAUUUACAGUCAUUUAGUAAAUUUUCCUUUCUAAGUAAUAUGAGUAUGAUAAAUUUUUUGCAUUGUCUGCAGUGUUUGACACUAAUGCUUGCCCCAUUUCUUGGCCUGGUGGACUAAUAUUUUGCAGAACAAUCUAAUUUGCAAUGAAAAAGUGACUAGUAAAAUGAUGUAAUGGCCAUAAACAUGAUAAAGAUAUAACCAACCUUACAUCUCAUUGCUGUCUUACUUUUUUGUCAUUUAACAUAUGUAUAUAUAUAUUAUAUAUAUAUGAUAUAUGAUAUAUGUAUAUGUAGCUACAAACCUCAAAACAUAUCCAAAGCCAUAGAAGAUACUAUGUCCAAAGAUGCCAUGUUUCUGCGUGUGAAAGGAAUACUCCUACAAUGGAACCUAGUUUCCACAUGGCCAAAUAGGCCUAAAUAUUUGCAAACCAUUUACUAAUUUACUACUUAAUAAGUGAUUAGUGAACACCAAAUCAUCAGAUAACAGUUUGUCAUAGCUUUUACUUUAUCAUCAUUGGUGGACAAAACUUCAUAUCAACUGUAUUACAUUAUAAAAUUGACAUUGUUUUAUUUAACAAGCCUCCUUUUAGUUUUUAUGGGCAACUAAUCUUUAGUCAGUGGGCAACCAAAUAAACAAUGAGCAUAAAAAAACAAACUGUUUGCCCAAAAGGCAAAUUUAGCCAGAAAGUUAGGGUUGAACACUGGUCUUAGUUUCAGACUACAUAAUAUCAGCAUAAACCAGUCUUGGUGUACUGGGUGUAACUGUUGAUGACAGAAAGACAGUCUCAUUUUGUUUUCUUUUUUUUUUUAGGGAUUGGAAGAUGUAGUUAAAGACAAGGAGUUCUCAGCAACAAAGACUAUUCAUCUGACACCAGAGAAUAAAGAAGUAAAAGAUGGAGAGCUGCCCCGAAAGAAAGUCAAGGAGGGUUAAAAAAAUUAUUAAUGCUGGUCAUAGGAAUAUUUCAAUUGUCAAAAAAUUUUGUGGAAUUCUAAUUAGAUUUCAAAAUGGUUAUUAGUAAGAAUUGACUGGUUAGGAAACCUUACAGAUUUAAUUGUUGUACACUGUGGGUUUCAACAUAAGCAACAGUAACUUGUUUGUUGGUAUGUCUAAUUUUUCUCAGCUUUCCUAACCAGUGAACUCUAAUAAUAUAUAAUACUACGGUUUUAUUGUAGUUAGGAAAAUGAUGGUAUGUUAUAAUAUAAUAUGCUGCACAUUCAAUUUUGGAGGAAGCAGUACUGUAAUUCAAAUCAUUUUUAUUAUGAUUAUCGGUAUUAUUGUUAUCAGUAUCACUCAUUGUCAGUUUUGUUGUCAUCAUCAUUUUCAUUAUCAUUACUGGUAUUACCAGUAGUUAUUUUCAUUAUCAUUAUCAUAAUCAUUGUUAUUGUCAUUAUCAUCAUCAGGCAUUGUCAUCGUCAUUUUUAUUAUCACUAUUAGUUAUGUUAUUUUCAUCAUUAUUGUUAUAUCUAAGAUAGAAAAUAUGAAACACACCUUUUAAAAAGGGUUGGGGGGAAGGGUUGGAGGUGGGUGUUUUGGAAUAUUUUAUCACACCAGAAGUUGAGUGAAAAUGCACUCACACUUUUGAAGCGCUAAGUCAACCAAUCAAAUUCAAGAGCAUAGCCUUGACUUUAACUAACGUAUGGUGUUGUAUGAAAAGUUUCUUUCUUGAUUGUAGGAAACGUUUGGGAAUGCUAUUAAAAAAAACGGAAAUUUUUAAUCCUAUAUUCUUUAAGUUAAAAGAAAUAUUCAAAGAUUCCAAAUUUCUUCACAAAUAUGGACUGCAAAAAUUUGCCUAAAUAUACUUGACCUUAAGAUGGAUGAAAAUCUAACUUUGGCGCCAGAUUUUUACAAGCGCUGUAUUUCUCAUAUAACUUUUUUGCAAAGCGGAUAGAACUGAUCCAAAAUUUGCAGUUCUGAAAAUGAAUUAUAGUGUCUGUCAGAUAAGUGUCAUUGAAAGAGCGGUUUCAUUGGAAUGUCGGAAGUUAAUUGGGAUUGCAUUGAUUUUGUUCUAAUUUGCCCUGUGAUUGGACUCUUACCAUUCUCUCAACCAAUCAGACGCAACACUAAGACCAACCACGACGUGUUAUCGCGCCCUAGUUAGUUUCGUUGGUUUUCUUUUUCCUUGAGUUUUCAUAGGCUCUUGAGGAUCUUUUCCUUCCUUCUGAUUGGCUGUUAAGAUAACUUUGGUUUUGAUUUUACGACACUCAAUUGAAAAGAGUUCAAUUAUGAUGGUAUCAGGGCCAAAGAGGAACACAACAAGAACAUUCUUUCGCAUGCUAAACCUUCAGAUAGAAGAAAUCUAACUUUGGGACUUGUUUCAGUAUUCUAUGAAUAUGUUGCUAAUCCAUAAAAUGCACAUCGAAAUGUUAUUUUUUUAAAGUUAGAUGGACUUUUGAAAUCGACUUUUGAUGUCAUUAAAUGAAAUAAUUUAAGCUUCAAACCAGGCUACGUGCAUUUUUACUCUUGGGUCCCCAGGGGCGGUUUCCAUCCGCCUAGUUCCCAGUCUAUUGUCUACAAAUGUAUCACGCCACUUCUACCGACAUCACGUAAUCCCGAUUGAUUGUUUAGCGGGUAUCUAGCCGGUUUCAUCAAUAAUUUUCCCAAACGGGCAUCAUCUCCGCUGAAAUGGACAUCGAUAACUUAAGAAGUGAACUUAAAGAGAACAAUCAAGACCAUUUGCUCUUGCAUUGGGAUUCACUUAACGAUGAGGAGAAAUCUAAUUUUUACCAAGAUCUCAAGCACAUCGAUUUCGCCAAAAUUAACCACUGGUUCGAGAAGACCAUGCGCGAAGCCGAAGCAAGUGACAAGAAAGAUGAGAAAUUGGAGCCAGUUCCACCACAGAUAGUUGGUAGUGUAAUCGGAGCGAAAAAUGAAAACAAAGUCGCCAGUUGGAGAGAGAAAGGUCUACAGUUGAUAAGCGAAGGAAAAGUCGCUGUACUGCUUCUCGCCGGAGGGCAAGGAACGCGGCUGGGAGUCUCUUAUCCCAAGGGAAUGUACAAUGUCGGGUUACCAUCACAGAAGACAUUGUAUCAACUUCAGGCCCAGAGAAUCUUAAAAGUGCAAGAACUGGCUUAUGAACUCACCGGAAAGAAAUCGACAGUUCCUUGGUAAGUCACAACUUUAAUUCCUUUGUAUGAUUGCAUAGUUCAUUGUCUGUUAAUCGUUUUCGCUAAUUUUUGAAACUAAUUUCCUGUCAGCCCAAUGUUAGGUGAAUACCACCCCUUCGCCAUUAAAACGGGCAAUUUAUUUGCAACAAUCAAAUAACGUUCAAAAUUUCUAGAAAUGCGAUUGUGGGUACACAAAUAUCGAGAUCAAUAUGAAUGAAGUUGUUGGGUAAUUCACAAAGCGCUCAAGGCGUCAUAAUUUUGUUGUUGUUAUCAGUAAGUUGGUAUUGUAAGGCAUGUAAUAACCUUGUGAGAGUCAUGUGAGAACAACCUUCGAAAAUAGGGAAACUGUGGUCCAUCCUGUCGGCAGUUUCUGAAGUAGGGACUAUCAAUCAUUAAGCACUGUGUUUGAGUAUUGUAACCAGAGUACUAGAACGGAAGCCCUCAGUAUUACUAUGGGGGAAAGGGGUGGGGGAUUUGGCAGGGGGCGUGCACUGACAAGGGAAUGAAAUCUUACGAGUUGUUAUUAUCAGAAAUUCCAAACUUGCUUACUCAGCUAAAGUUUUGCCAUGAGCAGAAGCUGCUGAUUGUGAGUUAAGUAUUUCAUUGGCAAAUUAUGAUUAAAUUUCUAUGCAGAUACUGAUGGAAGUCUUUGGAUGUGUACAACCAUUUUGUUGAUUAUGAAGAAUCCUGAUUGUUUAUUAUUUGCCUUUAAAUUUAGUUGUAGUUAAACUGAAAAAUUGAAAUCAGAGGAAUAGUUUGGACCAUCCAUUAUCAGAAUAAGAGAGAGUAGCAAAGCAGAGGUCCUGAUCCUGUUUCACACAGAUUUCAGAAAAAUGAAUGCAUCACAUUUAUGAAAAGGAAAACUAAACAUCUCUAUUCUCUCUUCCUACAACGUUUAGAGUGAUCUUUAGGUUUCCACGAACUGAGAAAAAAAUUUAUGCAGCACAUGUGCCUUUCUUUAAUAUUCAUGUGUCACAUUAAUUUUAAACUAUAUCCAAUUCACAUUCAAACCCUUUGCCACCCUCUAAGGAGAUGUUAAAGAUUUUAUUUUGAAAGAACUUUGAAAUUUAUUGACAGCUUAUUGUCACACCACUAUAGGUACAUCAUGACAAGUGAACACACCAUGGAAGAAACAAAAAAGUUUUUUGAAAAACGCAAUUACUUUGGGCUGCAAAGAAAUGAUGUGCUAUUCUUUGAGCAGCACACCAUUCCUUGUCUAACAAUGGAUGGAAAAAUUAUUCUUGAUCAAUGUGGUAAAGUUGCCAGAGCCCCUGGAGGAAACGGUGGUUUGUAUGCUGCCCUUAUUGAUGAUGGUAUAGAUGACCAUGUUACCAUUGGUACAAUGAGAAAGCGAGGAAUAGAGUAUCUUCAUGUAUACUGUGUUGACAACAUCCUUGUUAAGAUGGCAGAUCCUGUUUUUGUUGGAUUUUGUGUUGACAAGUCAGCAGAAUGUGGUGCUAAGGUUGGUGCUCUUAUUACCUUGGUAAAGAAAUUAUUCAUGUACUUGCCAACUUGCUUUGGGCCAAAGGCUUGUAGGACUUGAUUGUCACUGAAGAAAUCCAAAGAUUUCUAAACACUUUCCAAAAGCUUGCAGAGAUACCUCAAAAAGUUCAAGUUUAAAAAUUUAGGAUUAUUUUUAAGACACAAAGAUUCCUUAAAGGGUCCAUGGAACUAAUAGAAGAGCAUGUGGAAAAAAGCUUUGGAAGGAAUGAUAUUUUUCACGUACAUGUAUACUGUUCAAAUGCUUUUCACAUACAGUACAUAUGGUAUUUUUCAUUUUUAUGAGUUAUACAAUUUUACUCCUAAAAUUUUCCUCUUGAGGGCUCCACCUAUGAUACACCCUUACAAGUGCCUGAGUACAUGGAGAUAUACAUUUAGUUUCAAUUACAGCCUCCCUGUUAAAGCAGACUAUUUAUACCUUUUAAAUUAUGCUUACCUAUAGUCAGACUGUCAGUGUUCCUGUUAAAAAGCUAACAGAUAUGUCAAAUAACUUGAUAAAGUUUUGGUAAACAAAAUACAUAUUUGAAAAAUGCAUUUCAGUCCUCUUCUUUUCUUAAUAUGUAAUAAAAAUAGGCAAUGAAUUGUCAAAUUAAUUAUUAAAUAAUGGGUUUUUGUCUGAGUUGAUUUCCUUGACAGAUUGUUAUUUAUUUAUUGCAGGUUGUCGAGAAAACACUUCCAGAUGAGAGAGUUGGAGUUGUUGUGAAAUGUGAGGGCAAAUAUCAGGUUAGUUGUUUUUCAUGUCAACUUGACAUGGGAAUCUAAUUUUCAUCCCAAAUUGUUUUGGAAUAAAUCAGAUAUUUUUCAAAUUUCCAAACUGUUUGUCAAGAAUUUUUGUCAUCAUCAAUUUUCCAACUAUAAUUUUAUCUACCAAACCAAACUAAACCAAACUUGGAAGGAUAUUGCAAGUGUAUAUCUCAGGGUUGAUAAAAGAUUCUGAAUUUUUCAAUAACAGGCCUUUGGUAGAGAGUAUUGACACACAAACCAAACAUUGAUGCUUAUGUUUUCCUCUGCAAAUAUUUCAUGAGAAUGGAAUUUUUUCAGAGCAAAUUCUCUCUGUCUCCAGGUUUCACACAAGGAAAAUCACAUUGUAUUUCAUAGACAGCAUGAUGUUGAACAACCAUAUGAAGUGUAAAUGAAAACACCAUAAGGUUUUUCAAUGAUCUUGUCCUCAAAGAGGACCAUGGAAAAGUCUUUGUGAAAAAGGGUAUGAACCCUGAAGUCAUAAUUCAUAGUUUUCUUUUCACACAAACUGUGAUUUUUUUGAGAAGUCAUGAUUUCCUUUUGACUAGUGGUGUGAUCAGAUGCCAUUUGAGGCCAGCCAUGUGCAGUCAUACAUACAUAUAUACAUGUUCCAAUGGCAGAGGCCCUGAAAUGUGAGGCAGGCAGAUUGAGAGAUUACUGUUUAAAAAAAAAAAACGAAAGAAGAAGAAGAAGAAAGAAUUUUUAGGUCAAAAAUUAUGUUAUUUUACAAAUUGAAAUGAAUUAUGUAUAAUUUGCCUUGGGAAGACACAAAUUUCUGAAGGUUGUUUGAUUCCUUGUCAUGGCUUUAAUUUCUCAAAGCCUGAUCUAUAAAUCAAAACAGGCAACAGAGUAAUGCCUGUUAUUGAGAUUUUUUUAGUAUUGAAUAAGAAUUUUUGAUCAGGUUGCUGAAUACAGUGAGAUAUCAAAAGAAAUUGCAGAGAUGAAAGACCCAGUCAACAAUGAUAGGCUCUUAUUUCGAGAUGGAAACAUUUGCAAUCAUUUCUUCACUGUGGACUUCUUGGAGAAAAUUGUAACGUAAGUGGUAGUAUGAGUGGAGUUCAACUGAAGGUGCUACACUUACAAAAAUGUACUAUGCCCUCUAAUAGAUGCAUAAAUGCAUAAAUCCUUUAAGAGAUUUGUAAUUGAAAAUUGAAUCUUCAUUUGAGUGAGUUUGUAAUCAGCAAUAACAAUUUAUUUGCCUGCUUGUGCACUUUGUAAUUUAGAAGUGUCUCAUGAUGUUGUUGUUGUCAUUUUUUUUUUCCACUUCUGUAGAAUGAGGUGAACGUUAUCUGGUCAAUGUUUCCAUUUGUUCUAAAUGUUCAACCCAAUUUAAGAAAUUUUGUUACUAGGGUUGUCGCAUCAUCAUUUCUUGUAAUCAUUGAGUCAAAUAAUGAAUUAUUACUUUAGACUGAGUUAAUGAUGCAGAUCAUGAAAUUCUGAAAAAGGCAGUAGAAAGAAGGCUAUUAUCUCAUGAUAUGUAAAGCCCCACGUGGACUUCAAAUGAAAAACAUAAAAAAAAAAUCAGUUUAUGAGGGCUGCAUACCAAGGGGUGAAUGGGAUGGGAAAAUUUUGUUACUCUUAGUCAUAACACAGUGCUGCAACAUAGAGCCAAAUAUUAACAGUCCAACCUUCCUAUGGUUGAUAACUUUGCACAUGAUGUGAAGUCCCUUUUUUGGUUUUUCACAUUUUUACCUCAGGGAGCAUGAACCAUCACUCAAGUUUCACAUUGCUAAGAAGAAGAUCUCAUUUGUUGAUGAAAGUGGAAAAAGGUUAGAAAGAUUUUUCACUUAAAGAUUUUUCACUUACCUGGUCAGUUUUGUUACCAACAAUUAUGCCAUUUUUCCAAAUACAGAACAAAUUUCGUGGUGUUCUGUUGAGUUCAUUAAUAGAAUGUUGCAACUAAAUAAAAGUGAAUGUUGAUAUCUGUCCUUUGAAAGAAGAGAAUAUUUUGAAGUAAAUUAUCAGAAGUAUCGAGAUUAAUUUUUGAAUUUCAGCUUGAGAUAUGAGCACAUACAUGAGUAGCUUGAAGACAAAAUGGGUUAUUUUAAGAUGAGCUUCAUUUUAUUAAAUUCUGUAUUGUCAUUUUCAGGAAUAAACCAGUGGAACCAAAUGGAAUUAAACUGGAGAAGUUUGUCUUUGAUGUCUUUGAGUUCACAGAGUAAGAUUUCCUUCAAAUUACAAUAUUAUUACCAUCGUAAAUUGGUAAAGGAAAAAAAAUUUAUAAAUCAUGUUUUAAUUUUUGUUGAACUGCUGUGUGUAGAUUCCUUGUGGAACAAUCAUCAUUGAUGGUAAUUCAUUUCAGAUGCACAGUCAAACUACAAGAAUUGCAACAUUUUUGAUAGAGCUCUUGUCCAGUAGAUUAAUACUAAUACCUUGAAGAUCUUGGAAGUGAAUGGGGUCAUAAUUUGUUUUUAGAUGGCUAUUAAAUAUCAUUGUUGAACCAAUAGUAGUUAUUAACUGAUGUGCAAUUGUCUUAUUCAUGGCAUUUUCAUCUUUUGAUUUAUUACAAUUAUAGGAAACUUGCUCUUCUGGAAGUUGCUAGAGAAGAUGAAUUUUCGCCUCUAAAAAAUGCCAAGGGCUCACCAAAGGAGAGUCCAGAAACAGCACUUAGGGACUUGUCAAAUUUGCAUCAUAGAUAUCUAACCAAAGCUGGUGCCAAGUUCAAAGACACCAAUGGGUAAGUCCCUGAGAGCUCUUUUGUAAACAGUUGUAAAAUGUUCAGCCUGUACCAGGCUCUUAGUUAUACAGUGGCUUAAUGGUAAGCUUGCUGGACUAGAAGUUGAGAAUUUCAGAUUGGAGCCCUGAUUGGCUCAUUGUGUUGUAUUUUUGGACAUGAUACACAACUCUCAUAAUGCCGCUCUCCACCCAGGAGUAUUGAAGGAUGGAAGAAAAUUGGGUGGGUGGGGGGGACUUGCAUUGCAUGCUUUUUUAUUUUUCCCCUAAAGACCGAGUGCCCCAAGCAGAUUGUUAAAAUUCCAGAUUGAUAUCAGAUAUGCUUACCAAAAAAAAUGAACAGAAGGAAUUUUUGUGAGAACACAAUAGAGCAAUAAUUGUCAUUGUUUUUUUCAUCCAGAUUUGAUAAGUUUGCCUUUUUUUCUGGUUCUAGGGCCACAUCUAUAGUCUGUGAAAUUUCUCCUCUUCUUUCCUAUGCUGGGGAGGUGAGUUUAUUCAGCUAUUUGUGUUGACCCUUUUACCCCCAAGAGUGACUAGCAUCUAAUUUCUCCUUACAAUAUCACCUCUGAAUCACAUAUUAAGGUCAGGAGAACCAAGGAAAUGAUCACCAGCUUAAAGACACUCUUGAUUAUGAAACAAAUUCUCCUUAUCAGUGCCUUGGGAAAUGUAUGGAGAGCAGUACUUGUUACUGAAUACUUGAGAGACUGAAGGUGGAAAUUCCACCUAUGUAUCAGUCUGCUACUAAAAGUACCGAGCCCUUAAUCUUUUCUCCUUUUCUCCCUUUUUUGAAAGGAGUCAAAGCCAACUUAAAUGGAAUUUCACAGUUUUGAAGAUUCUCCGAAAAGAUUUUAAAAAUGUGUAUGUUUCCAACUCCCACACAUCUGGCCGUCAAAAAAAAGAAAAAUGGCGCUUAUAGUUUGCUUGCAUAAAACGAAGUAAACUCGACCAUAUUUAAAAUUCUGCGUCACAAGCGGAUAUGAAUGCCUCGUAUCAGUUAUUGCUUAGAAACUACAGUCGAACCUGUAUUAAGCAGCACUGUAUUAAGUGGUCACCCUGUAUUAAGCAGUCGGUUGUCAAAGUCCUGAAUUUGUGUCCCCUUUAUCAGUCAUUUACACCUCUAUUGAUUAGUCGUGGUCACCUUUGAAUGAGUCCCAAAGGCCUGUUUGUAUUGUCCUCCACUUGUAUUUAAGAGCAACCACUCAAAUAAAACCACAAAUAAUCUUUGAAGUAAAAUUAAAUCCAUGUUUCUCUCCCAAAAUCAAUGUUGGAAGUAUUUUUCAGCAAGUUUUUGUACAUUAGUGGUCAUUUCUACUUUACCCCUCUUCUGUGGAACCUGUAUUAAACGGUCAACCUGUAUUUAGCGGUCUCCUAGGGUGACCGCUUAAUACAGGUUUGAUUGUAUGGAGAUAAUCUAGUGUCCUAAGUUUUUUUUUCUUGGAAAGUGUAGGCCUGUGUUCCGUUCCAAAGUAAAAGUUUUUCACGCUGCUUAUCUUUUUUUAUGUUUUCCUUUUUUCUAGGGGUUAGAGAAUAAAGUUAAAGGCAAAGAAUUUUCUGCUGCAGAUGAAAUUUACCUCACAGCAGAUGAAGAAGAAAAAAUAGAAGAACCGGCGCCCAAGAAAAGUAGAGAAGGCUGAGAUUGUUUUCAAAAUUGUCGCUAAAUCAUCCGACAGCCUACGACGUUUGCUCCUAUUUCCUCCGUUAAUUGAGUCAAAUUGAUCAGCGGCCACUAGGCGGCCACUUUAAAAUCAAGCCAUUUCAUGAUUGUGUGAGUUCUCAGGCGUGGUUUCAUAAGAUUUCCCAACCAUUUCAAAACAAAAAAUUCAAGGCGAUCUGAAGUAUUUGAAAACACAACAGUACUAGCACUACGACCCGAACGAUCAUGAUGGUCGGAUAGAGGUAAAGAGUUCUAUCGAGACGAGUAUUUUCCCGAUGGUCCCACGGGUCAGUAGUAGUCCAUACUGUGUUUCCACAUAAUCUCCCCAAUCGUCUGGUAGAUAACCAUUUAAGAUUUAAGAUAAUCAUUUUUAUAGGCCGAAAUCAUAACUUCAGACACUUACAGAACCACGGUGGGCUAGUGUUUAAAGGUGACCGAAGCAAAAUAUCAAGAAAUGCUUCUUGAAGUAACUUCUUGGGUGUUAUGGUUGAAAAGUCUUUGAAGCACUUAGCAAUUUGUUUUCCUUGCGCGUGAGUGAUAAUUUGUGAUGAUAAUUUAUUGAGCACUUGAGGAAUUGCCGACGCAUAAAAUGUGUGAAAGCCGUUAAGGUAUUGGUUAACUGUAUUUUUGAUUGAAGUAAGAGCAAUGAUGUUGCUAUUGCAGGUAGAUGAGAUAUCUGAAAAAAGUUACGAAAUUCUGAUACAUAUUUAAAUUAUGAACAAUAUUGAUCAAUCAGUUUGUUCUGGGAACUUAGCAACUGAAAGUUUAAUCGUGAAGUAUUUGCAUGGAUGAUUAUUGUGGAGUGAGAACUGAAGCAUUACAGAACAACGAAGGUUCUACCAUUUUCCGUCUGCUUUUAGUAUUUUUGUGCAAAGGGAUAUAAUUAUAAUGUGAUUAAAAGAUUUUCGUCAUUUUCCUGUUGACUGAAACGAUGUGAGGAA